AUGUCAACUUCAUUGUCGCAAACUAUUACCCAGGCCCUUAUACAGGCCCAACGGUCAGCUCAACUGACCGUUCAGUCGACUGCAUCUUUAUUGGCACCUGCCCCACAAUACUGUAAAGCUACGGCCAAAUCUAAGCAUGCUUCCAAAAAUGAUAUGAUGGACAGUUUACGUACUGUCACAGAUGGCGCGUCAUUACCAUUGCGCAAAAGAACGACUAGCCGUGCAAAAUCGUCUAGGUUGUGGAAACGGGCAAGAGCCCAACUAGAUUCGUCUGGCCUUAGCGACAUUGAGGAGGAAUUUGAUGAAUCCAUUAUGGGCGUCUCAGACGACCAGUUCGUACCAGAAUCCGGCAGUGCUAAAGGAAAGGCAACAACCACAGCACAUUCCCGGCUACGAUUUCCGGGGCCCAGGUAA